AUGAUUCUUCUCCUGCUGUAUUUGGCUCUCCUUGCUUCGAUAGGAGCCGCCAGGGCCAUUCCUGUUACACAUGAUGAUGGAACUCUCGUCGACACCCAGUGGCAUCAACCGCGCAACAUCGUCGAAGAGCCAGCGCUUUUCAAACGAGCGGACGGCGAAGAACUAUCCUACAUGAAAUAUCUUCUCGAUCAAGCCGCGUCCAUUCCUCAGCCCAGCUUCGCACCAGCUUCGCAAUAUCACGGGCAUGGGCUCUUCCACGACGAAAGCGACGCAUUCCAAGGGAACCAGGGCAUAUCGCACCACCACUUCAAUGCCCAAGGUCCGGUUCGAUUCCACACUUCGCACCAUCAGCGUUACUCUCAGGUCGUCCCUCGGUCUCACAAUGCGUUUAAUGAACCUUAUGGCGAGGGAACUGAUGAGAUCUACCGUUUGCACAAUCAAUCUUACAUCCAGGAUCUAGCUGGGUCUCACGACUCACACUAUCAACAUCCGUCCAGUACUCUGGACCCCUCUUGGUCUCGCGGCUCGCCUUGGUAUCCUUAUGAUCAGAGGACCUCUGAAUAUUCCCAUUUGCAACAUCCGUCUCACGUCCAGAAUCCACCUCAGGUUUACGACAAUAGCUUUCACCAUCGGCCCAACACGCAAGGCACCUCUUGGUCUCACGGCACGCACUUUUUCUCUUACGGUCAGCGUUCCUCUGAGGAUCUCCAUCUGCAACAUCCGUCCCACGUCCAGGAGCCACCCAGGUUUUACGACAAUAGCGUUCAGCAUCAGCUCGACACGCAAGGCCCCUCUUCGUCUCACGGCUCGUUUUUGGAUCCUUAUGGCCCGGGCUCCUCUAAAAAUUCCCAUUUUCAGCAUCCGUCUCACGGUCAUGGACCCCAUGGAACUUACAGCGAGCAAGCCUACCUGUAUUUCGAGGGCAGCCCUGAGUUAGAUGACCUGGUCAAGCAACAUCUAGCGCACUACUGGAUGACCAGAAUGUCGCACCCUCAAAUUGAUGAGCAACAAUCUCAGACGCAUGCCGGCCUCGAUUUGCCUGGCUCCCACCGUCACCCGCCGUCUGCAGGCGAACACGUUGCAUUCAGAUCUGACGAAAAGAGCCCAUCUGAAGGACAUGUGAGCGGUGAGACAUCUGACCCUGACGUAAAGAGCGAUCGGAAGACGAACUGGAAGGUCGCAAAGCCAAAGAAACCGGGGCCUUCCGCUACGAGAAAGCAAGUGAAAAUAGCCCUGAUCUACUACCUGCGUGCACAAGACGUUGUGGCGACCGGAUAUGAGGGUCUGCUUAAUCUCUCUGAAGAAGACAAAAAGGCGAUGGGACAUGACGGUGAACUCUUCUACCAGAAGAUCUGCGAUUGCCGCGGGGGUCGGUAUGAGGUCGAAGAUUUCCGGCAUCAAACAUGGAGAGAGGACAAAUAG